GGAAAUACCGUACCACUACCAUCUUAAGAACCCUUGAGGGCUUGAACCCUCUCACUCGAACUAGAACUAGCAGAAGAAAGCUCUGUUCCGCCGUGGAGCGGAGGAGCUCUCAGGCGAGCAACCGGCGAUGGCGGCAAACUCUUCGAGUCCAGCUUUCGAAAACUUUCGGUUGUUUGGAUCAGCGGAAGAUGAGAAGCAUAAUCUAGGUCUCUCCCUGGGCUUUCUCGACUCUCAACAGCCUCCUCUUCCACCUCCACCUCCUACCCUCGAAGUUCUUUCUUCUGAGGUUUCAUCUUCUGUCAAAUACAAUGUGGAGCCAGUUAGCGUCGGUGGACUUACCAUGCUUAAGGGACGGGUCAGCACUCAGGAGGUUUUCUCCUUGUCCAACUCUGAUUUAGUUCCUGGUAAAUAUGAAGGGGGACUUAAGUUAUGGGAAGGUGCAUUGGAUCUUAUCAAAGCUCUUUGUGGGGAGGUUGAAGAUGGGCAUUUGUCAUUUUCUGGGAAGCGAGUUUUAGAGCUUGGAUGUGGUCAUGGUCUUCCUGGUAUUUAUGCAUGCCUGAAGGAUGCAGCUGCUGUACAUUUCCAGGAUUUCAAUGCCGAAGUCUUGAGAUGUCUUACCAUCCCGAAUGUCGCUGCAAACCUUUCAAAAAAGGAUGAAACUUUGUCAAUUAAUCCAACAGAAUCUGAUGCUGGAUCAGCAUUUCGUUACUUUGCUGGUGAUUGGAGUGAAAUGCAUAAAAUUCUUCCUUUUGCGUCUGACAACGAGGAAGAGCUAAGUGGAAGUUUUGAUGGCUAUGACAUUGUUUUAAUGGCGGAGACAGUUUAUUCUCUUUCUACACUUAAAACUCUCUAUAAGCUUAUCACACAGUGCUUGAGCCGUCCUCAUGGAGUUGUAUACCUGGCUGGAAAGAAACAUUACUUUGGAGUGGGAGGAGGAACCCGGCGCUUUCUCUCUGUGUUAGAAAAAGAAGGUGAAAUGGUUUCCAAACUGAUUGCAGAAGUUGCUGAUGGUUCGUCUAACGUGAGAGAAGUGUGGAAGCUCUCAUUGAAAUAGGCAAAAAGAAAGCAAAUCAAUAUAACCCAGUGGUGAUCCUUGCAGAAUGAACCACUAGGGAUAAUUUGUGCAAAUGAUCAUUGGAAUGAAAACGUUUCAUAUUUCUCUCCCUCCUCAAGUUUGUAUCUUGAUAUUAUAUGGAUGAAAUCCUCUUUGGGAAGAGAUUUCAAACUCUCCACAAGAAGAUUCUCCAAAGUCAAAGAUUGAAGUUGAACAGAUGAUCAAUGUGCCUUGUGUGUCGUUCGCCUUGCUGGGAGUAUCAAUAUAAUUUUUUUAAUAGUAGAGUAGGGAGCGGCACGGACCCUUCAUGAUUUUCUUUUUUUGCUUCCUGUCCUUGAAUGGAUUUUAGAGUUGGUUAUAGUAACACAAGUGUUGAGCUCAAUACAUAUGUGUUUGUAUAUAAUGUCUUUAGCUUUCUUGGGUUGAUUUUUGAGUGUGUCCGACUUGUUUGUACGUGUCCUGUUAAUGUACUUGAGAAAUUUGAAAAAUUUUAAAUAUGACAUUAGGAUGCUUUUUUCUCUAA